CGUGGUUUGGGUGUUGUUGGUUCUCGAGUGGAAAUAGCAUGGAAUGCUGCGAUGCAGACGACGCCCGCCAAGAAGUUGACGACACGGCAACUCGCAUGCACAAGCUCGUGAUCCGGACCCUUCCCAAGGGGUGCAACCCCAUGCCAGUGUCGUCGACGGACCGCCCGCCGUCGCGCAGUGGCCCCAUGGCACCACCAACGUAUGAAGACGACAACCCAUUUGACGACAUCACCGACGAAAAGCUGCGCCAAAUCAGUGGCAAACAGGAUCUGAAUCGAGUUACGUACCUGCAGCUGACUGUGGACACGCACAAGCAGUCGGUGGAAGCGCUAGGCGAACUCUUGCCGUCGCUGUCACAACUCCGAUUGCAUCAAAGCGUGCUGCACAGCUUCCGUGACUUGGGCACAUCCCUGCAUGGCCUUCAGAUUCUGUGGCUCAUGAGUAGCGGGGUGAAGGACCUCGACGGGAUUGGGGCGCUCACGGGGUUGCGGGAAUUGUACCUCCAGUUUAACGACAUUGUGGACGUGAGUCCGUUGAGCCUCCACGACGAAUUGCACAUCCUCGAUUUGCAAGGCAACCGAGUGCAAGAUAUUGUCCAGAUCGAGCAACUGGGCAUGUGCGUGCAGUUAACGGUGCUCAACUUGGCAGCCAACCCCGUCGCUGCCAUUCCUAACUACCGUCCGAUUGCGUGCAGUUACAUUCCUCAGUUGCAAACACUCGACACUGCACCAGUCGCCCCCUGCGACAGGGUGGAGGUGACGCCAGCGAUGAUUGACCACGCCCUGAGCUACUACUACACCUCCCACCCACCCGUCGGUUCCCAGCGCUGUGACAAGGCGACGGACGAUACUGUCACACCCCUUUGCGACUCUACAUCCCCCAGUGUCACGUCCUCGUUCGAACAGCUCUUGGACACGGCAGCAGCAAAGGGGACGAAAGACCAUCACUCGAGCGCCUUAACCCAUGGAACAGACGUCGUGUUUGCCGGGAAUGUCACGAGCGCACUUCGACGGCGUAGCCACGAGCACUCUUUCCACGUCGAUGGCGACGACAGUAUUCUUCGUCCGGUGACGCCGGCGUCGGCUUUUCCCCCGCGUCCGUCCACGCCCGUCCGUCGUGAAUCCAUUACGGAUACGCUAGAUCGCGCAUCCGAGCUCGACCUAAGCAGCUGUCGUCGACUCAGCUCCAAGUCCCGAGACUCCAUCCUCCACGAGCUUAAAGCGUGGAAAAUGGAGAAUACUGUGGCCACCAUGACAAACAAUCACCACCAUAGUGGCAACGACGACAUAGCUCCAAAGUCCGAAGCACCACACACGACAACAUUGCGACCCUCCACGACUUCGUCGUCCCACGUCCGCGCCACGGCUGUCAAGGAAGCGUUUGGGGACGGAAAUAAACAACACGACUGCCUUUCAAAACAAACCCGGAAAAAGCACAGGACCACGACACGCGGUGUGAGUGGAAGACACCAAGCCACAAAUCCAGUGGAUAUUCUCGUGUUGGAUGACAUGCCAGAGGAAGAGUCGCCUACUCAACGGCAAUGGAAUGUGGACUUGGAAUACUUGUCUCCACGCAUUGGCAUCGUUGCCAAGGUCACACCGAGGCAGUUCAUGCAAUCCCACGACGCCGACGACAGCUCCAGCGAUAGCGAUGACACUAGCGUCCGCCCCAAGAAACCAACGUCGGGGCUGUUCAACGUGGGCGACAGCUUGAACGCGAUCGAAGAGUGGACGGAGCGCAUCACGCGGUCCGAGAAGGAGGAAGGGGCCCCGCUUGCGGUGGCGCCGGUGCAGGAGAGGUGCCGCACGUCCAAACAGCACCACCAUCAGACCCCCCACCAGCAGCAGAAUCUGUCCACGUCAUCUCACAAACCAUCGCAUUCAUCCAGCAAAGGAGGACGGGGAAGUGUCGAAGAAGCAUCCAAUUCGACUUCUCGAGGUCCAAACGUAGCCAGAACUGGCGGUCCUGCCGUGUUGAUGAUAAAACGUGAGGAACUACCAGUCGACUUCUCCAGUUCAAGGUCCAACCACGUCGCAGAGACGAAUACAUACCGCGGAUUGGCUGACGACGACCUCGUCCUGGUGUUGCAAGGCAAGGACAAGCGAUAUGCGAGCCAGUUGAAGACCAAGGACAGCUUUCGGUCGUUCUUCCAAGGCAUUGCCGCUCAGCAUUUAGAAACGUUGCUGCGUCGGGCAUAUGGAGACAAUACCGACAAGGCCCACCGACGGAUGCAGUUGAUGGAAGGAUGGAUGGCUGUCGCGUAAUAUAAUUCAUCAUCGUACCCACCCAUACUUUGUUUGAUGCGAAU